AUGAGAUCCCUGUGGCGAUUCUACCUUGAUGUUGCUAUGCAAGCCCUCGAAUACCAGGUUCCGAUCCUCAGUUCGGACGCCCUUGAGCAGUUCCUGCUCACCAUCAGGUCUGUUGAUGAUGCACAGGAGUAUGAACGAGCGAUUGUGAAUUUGCCGCUGAGGCUGGGAAGUGUACUGCCUCAGCUGAAGACACGACAUGCGCUUGCCAUGUGCGAGGAUGGCACUCUCGUGGAUUGGACACGGACUCAUCCUUCGGAUUGGCAUGAGUACAUUGAUAUACUCGUCGAAGCGGUAACGCGUCCUCAGCAGUGGAUCGUGAACAAGGAUUUACACAGAUGGAUAUGGUUUGAGCCGGACCACGCCAAGCAGCUUUUGCAUAUGCUUGCGGAGCACGUCCGGAAGCAGGAAGCUGUUCCGGCGAUCCCGCGUGAUCUGGAGGGCUACUGCUCUGGGGUCGCAGCGGAAUCAGAGACUGAUGUGGAGGAGGUUGAGGAGAAUUAUGCGGAACAGGUGGUCCUGUCUAAGCAUGCAAGUGUCUUCGAACCUCUGAAGCGAGAUGGGGAGCACAGUGAAGGUCGCGAGCGGGUGUCGAUGGAAGAUCGCUUUGAGACGGUGCUCGAGACACGCGCAAAGUGGCUCAGUACAUCGAAGUACCGUGUUGGUGGUCAGCUUCACUCGUUGAAUGAUAGGGAAGAAAAGGGGCUGAGAACGAGGCCGAGAGCUCGAUCCGAGAGAGAUUGA